AUGCUGGGCAUGGUGCUAGAGGCACUGCAGGAGGGGGAGCAGCGCCGGGGCACCUCAGUGAUGGCCACCAAGGUGUACAUCUGCGGAAAAGCAAGCAGUGGCAACAACUCAACCUUGACCAACCACCACCCAGAUCCUGAGACUCUGGAACAGUGCCACAACGUGGACUUCUGCCAACAAGCAUCCCAGUGCUGCCACGCCGGAGUGGAUGAGUACGGCUGGAUCGCGGCCGCUGUUGGCUGGAGUCUCUGGUUUCUCACCCUCAUCCUGCUCUGUGUGGAUAAACUGACGAAGUUAACUCCAGAUGAGCCCAAGGACUUGCAAGCAUGAGACGCAGAAUCAGAGCCCCAAGAAUGUCAGCCCCCACCCAGUUGUGGCUAAUAGCGGGCACGGAGUAGCGCCAAUGUGGUUUCUAGUAAAGUCAUUUUCACCUUUAAACUUCAGUUACUUUUUAAAGGGAAGGAAGAGAGAAAGGGGCUCCAAAUAAGGGAAUGCCAGCGCUGCUAAUUCCAAGAGGCAGGUGGGCCUCUGAGCUCCGAUAACCUCCUUCCUCCAGACAGUCUCGAUGGGAUUACGUCUGUUUUAACCAUGCCGUUCUUCUGGGCUCCAAGGUGGAGCACCAGAAACAUAAAGACUUGAUCUUUUAGUCAACACAUUUGAAAUUAAACUCAUAACCUUC